GUUUCAAAUAGUCAAAAAGAUGACAGCUUUUAAUUCCUCUGAAUUUGAUAUCUACUGUAGAUUUUUAAAGGCUGGCUCCCAAAGUUAUUUCAGGUGAAAUAGAUGGAUUUAGGCCCAUUGCUUGGCCGAAUGUUAAUCACACACACACACACUUCAGUGGAAACUGCAUGCAGCUGAGCAGCUCACAUUCGGAGGAUCAACACAGAAAGGAACAGGAAGAAAACAACACAAAUAUUUUGACGGAAGUGUCUUAGGAAAGCGAUUUUAAAUCAUGGGCACCUAGGUUCUGAAAAUGGUGUUGCCUGUAUUGGUGUGAGUGAUGGGGUCCCAUGGCACAAAUUCCAUGUAAUCCCAGUGCAAAGGAAAAGAGCUAAGAUCUUCUCCCUUACUAUAAUGUCCAAACAAGAUGGGAUGGGGAAGAAGAAUGAGAGGUUUGUAAGGAGUCUUCAAUAAUUUUGCCAAGGAAAUUAUUAUGGCUCAUGCUAUUAGCCUUUCUUGUACAUGGAGAUCCUUUAUGAAAUGCAUUCAGGCCCAUCAAACAAAUCUGUACUGAGAUACACACAUCACCAUUUUUACUGCUGGAACUGCUCUGAAUCUGGCUUCAGGAAGAGCGUGUUUUAACUGCGCAGUGUCCUGGAAUAGACACUCUGCAUUGGGAAAGAAGGGGACUGAGUUCCCUCCCAUUUUCCACUUUCCUGAUGUUCCAAAUGACCAGUACCCUGGAGUUAUCAUUUGUGGUGUUGUCAGGAUUCUAACUGUAACUGUAACUGACCUAAGAAUUCUGCAGAGCAGUUGCUGCUGUGGCUGGCCGGCUGCUCAGGCGAACGUCAGCUCAGUGGCCAACAGCUCAGUCUUCUUGAGGCUCAGGAGCACCUAGCAAAUACCUGCUCUGUUCCUGGCACGCUAGACUCUAGCUGAGGAAGGCAUUUCACGAUGUCUUCCAAGGUCUCCCCUGCUCCCCUCCUCUCCAAACCCCCCCUGCGGGUGAAAGAAGGCUCCCUGGUGGUCAGGUGGCUGAGAUUAGUGUCCGGUCUCCAGUUGUGUGCAUUCCUGAUGGAUAUUUUGGCCUUGCCGAUGUGCAUUGCCUCAGCAGCCAUUGUCAACUGGCGAGUGUGGCGUGUGGAAAACGUCAAGGGGAUUGGCUCUGGAAACAUCUGGGUUGGAAUCUGGCAGGUCUGUUUUUUGAAAGACCCUUCUAACGACGGAAACUAUUAUUACCAUUGUGAAGAGCUCCAUGAACAACAUCCGAACCUCCCGAGGGAAAUUUUUAUUGCUCAGGACUUAAUGGCCUUAGCUGCCAUUAUGAAUUCAGCGGCCCUUGGAUUGCAGUCAUUUGCCCUCUGCAAUGUGUUCGAGCCCAAAAAACAUAAGGAUUUUCUCUUAACCUUUUUUGGGCUUGGAGCUCUGCUGAACUUACCAGCAGGGAUACUCGUCCUGAUUUCCGUGAUAUGGAACAUGUCUGCUGUCUUACAAAAUGGGGAAAUUGACUUCCCUGAAACUUUUGAAUUGCCUCAAAUUCCCAGCGAGCAGCAUAUUGGACCUUCUAUUUAUCUAGGCUAUAUCGCUGCAGGUUUCCAGCUGCUGAGUGCAGCAUUUGUUGGGAUGGAGAGAUGUUGCAUCAGGACCACCGCAACAGAUACAUCUCAAAUAGAAACUGUAGUGGUGAUUACCCCAGGAAGUGCGGUGAAAAGCGAGAGUCUAACUACUUGUUCAAAGUGUGGUUCUCUGCUGGACCUGGUAAUUCAAGAGAAAUCCUCCGCAGUGGAGAUGGAGGAAACCCAUGCGGAAGAUCUUGUCAAAUCCUGCGCAGUUGAGAUGGAGGAAGGCUGUGCAAGUGAUCUUGUCAUUCCAGAGGAAUCCUGCACAGUUGAGAUGGAGGAAAGCUGUGCAAGUGAUCUUGUCAUUCCAGAGGAAUCCUGCACAGUUGAGAUGGAGGAAAGCUGUGCAAGUGAUCUUGUCAUUCCAGAGGAAUCCUGCACAGCUGAGAUGGAGGAAAGCUGUGCAAGUGAUCUUGUCAUUCCAGAGGAAUCCUGCGCAGUGGAGAUGCAGGAAAGCCAUACACCCAAAGCUUACCUGAAGGACAUCAAAGGCCACCUGAUGUCCCCAAACAUACGAUUAUACAUGUGAUUCCCUACAACAGGGAGUCAUAAACUAUCAGAUGCAGAUCCACGCAGAUCGCUCCAUACACGCAUAGAUCUGCGUGGAUCAGGACUUCAGGGAUUUUGGGACUUCAGGUGGGCUUUGAUGUCCUUCAGAUGAGGAGGCCUCUUUUUAUGAUUUUUUAAAAA